CAAUGAAGUUUCCAAACAAAAACUUCCUCCAAUAAGGAGAGAUAUAGGGGGAAGACACCAUGAGACACUGAAAACAGCAGGUAAUUUCGAGCUUCCAUAACAAGUGGAGAGAGAGAGCGCACAAUCCCAAUGAUUGGUUGAUGUUAAUCUUGCUGAAUUCUUAUUACUACCACAGGAGUACCAAUUAACAACCGAGAAGUUAUUCAAAAAGACUUUAGAAAAUGGGAGGAGUGAUUUCAUCGCUAUCUAAAUCUAAUGGCAAAACCGACAAUAAGGGUAAAUCUGUGAAAAGAAUUAUGAGAUCAAGGUCUAAACUACUGGAUUUAUGCUGGAAAAUCUUCCAUAUGAACCUACCCGUGUAGUACUACUUACUAGAAGGCCGGAUAAUUGACGUUCCAGGCCCUAUAGGUUGUGAGCUUUCACAUAAUUGAUGACUUUUAGAGUUUCAUAUGUAGCAUCUAUUCCGCAGUUGGUCUUUUGACAUGGUAUCGGAGCCAGCGUGAAAUAAAGGUCACGAGUUCAAAUCUCAUCCAUCGCUCCUUAUUCGUGGGACUCCAACCAUUCGUUUAAGCUUUUGGUCGAGUUGCUCCUUUGACAAAACAAAGGUUUCCUCUUCAUUCAAAGAAGCUUGUUUGUAUUGGCUUCUUUGGGAAGCUAGAUCUAGCUUUUCAUUUGUUUCCCUUGUACUUUAGUUUUACUAUUGUUCUUCUUGAGAUGGAGAAAGGGAAACCUUUAGUAUUAUCCAUGUACCUUCAAAAAGUCAAAAAAAUUGAUUAUAGUUUUUACUAAGGUGAUUAUGGGCCUAUGGCAUCUAUGUACUUUCAGUGUCCCAAAGGACAAGAUGGAGGAUGGAUAACAAGUUUAAGGAACUUGGUGGGUACUUGCCAUUGUACAAAGCUGCACUUGGAGGGCAAUGGAAGGUAGCUAGAAAAUUCAUAGCUGAUGAUCCAAAAUCCUUAAUUGCUAAGAUCACUAUAGCAUCAGAGACUGCACUCCACAUUGCAGUUAGCACUGGAAAAAACCUUGACUUUGUGGAAAAGCUAGUAAGGAGAAUGUCACCAGAAGAGUUGGCACUUACUGACCAAAAUGGUGAGACUGCUCUUUCUAUGGCUGCAAUAGUGGGAAACACUGAGGCUGCCGAGCUGUUGGUGAGCAAAAAUCCCGACUUGCCUAAUAUCGCGAGUAAAUCAGGUUUUCCCCUCCAUUGGGCGGCUCAAUAUGGCCAGAAGCCGAUGUUACUAUAUUUAUUGGAUAUUACUAGAAAAGACAUGGAUCCUAGUCCAUUCUCUGGUGAAUCUGGGGUUAAGCUCCUCAUUUCAAUCAUUACUGCGGAAUUCUACGAUAUAGCUCUCAAACUGGUUAAUUUGUACCCAGACUUGGCAACCAUGGAACUUAACGGUCUUGGCUCUCCUUUAAGUGUGCUAGCUGAGAAGCCUAAUGCUUUUCCAAGUGGAUGCCACUGGAAGUUUUGGCCACAAGUUUUAAAUCCUUGUGUGUUCUGUAUGUUUCUUAUCACAAAGGACAUUUCAAUCGCAGUUUCAUACUUGAAGUAUGUUAGAGACACAAAAUUGAUGCAUCAUCAAGCUAUCCUACUUGUCAAAUGCUUGUGCCUGGAAAUCAUGGAGUUGGAUGAUGCCAAAGCAUUUUCAAUGCUUCAAGAGCCACUCCAUCUAGCAGCCAAGUUAGGCAUUGAUGAGUUUAUAGAAGAGAUUGUUGGGGCAUUUCCGCCUGCUAUUUGGUCUGUUAAUGAAGAAAAUCACAAUGUAUUUCAGCUAGCAGUUACGUAUCGUCGAGAAAAUGUUUUUAACCUCAUAUAUCAAAUGAGCGAGUAUAGACAUUUAGUAACAAGGUAUAUAGAUCCACAUGGGAACAAUAUAUUGCAUCUGGCUGGUAGAUUACCGCCUCCAGACCGCCUUAAUCUUGUAUCUGGCGCAGCUUUACAGAUGCAACGUGAGCUACAAUGGUUUAAGGAAGUUGAAAAGUUUGUUCAACCUGCAUACAAAGCUUGGAAGAACGCGAAAGGGAAAACUCCAUCGUUUGUAUUUAGUGAGGCACAUCAAAAUUUGGUUAAAGAAGGAGAAAAGUGGAUGAAAGACACGGCAACUUCAUGCACUGUUGCGGCAGCCCUUAUUGCCACUGUAGUAUUUGCUGCUGCUAUAACGGUACCGGGUGGCAAUGACCAAAACAGUGGGACCCCUUUAUAUGUUAUGCCAGAACAACACCAGCAGAGAGCUUUUGCAGUAUUUGGUGUUUUCGAUGCCAUCUCUUUGUUUUCAUCAGUGACUUCCAUCUUGAUGUUUUUGUCAAUCCUCACUUCACGUUAUGCGGAGGCUGAUUUUCUGUAUGCUCUACCGAAGAGGUUAAUCAUUGGCCUUAGCAUGUUGUUGAUCUCAAUAACAUCGCUUAUGGUUGCUUUUAGUUCUGCGCUUUACCUUGUUUUAGGUCAAAACAAGCCAUGGAGAUUGCUUUUGGUUGGCGCACUAGCAAGUUUGCCAGUGACAUUGUUCAUCUUUUUACAAUUUCCACUUCUUCUUGAGAUAAUGCUUGCUACUUAUGGACGAGGAAUUUUUCAGAAAAAGGGUAACCGUAUGCUUCAUUAGAAAAGUUCAUUGUUGGAAAAUGUCUGCUUCUAGCCUUGUAUGGACAAGCAUAGCUGGUGAAUGAAUUAUCGAUUUGAAGGACUUGCUCUGUA